AGGAAACGUUGUUCCUCCGCGUUAUUUUCGGUGGCCUGGCGGCUCAUUAUAUUGGAGCCAAUUUAUAACAGGCCGCCAUUUCUCCACGGUCUCUUUAGGAUUGGUCAAGAUCGAUUUACUUGAUAAUAUCGCCUUGCCCCCAGAAUCUCACCAGUUGGUCUUCGUAUAGUGACAGCCAUCUGCCAACGCCACAUUCCAGGAACCUCGUAUCAUAUCCGAGCCAUCCAUCUGUACAUAUAUCAACAACAGCACUUUUUGCAUCUGUUCGCCACUUCAUCAGGACUCAUGACUGAAUACGAUUAUUCACCCGCAGCAUGGGAUCAUUAUCUCGCUCAACAAGCUCGGGUUUCAAACUGGGUAUCCCAGACAACUGCUCAAGCUCAUUCCUACUCCAAUCCAUUCGUCAUGUCGCCCACAUUGCGCGACCGCUCGUUCUAUGAUGAUGAGCUAAAUGGAAGAUGGCAGCGCCCCGCGCCCAGCCGCUCGAAAACUUACAAUAUACCUCCUAUGAGACAAGAGGAUCCAUAUAGGCACACCUCUUCUCGCUCGCGUUUAGGUUCUCACUCGCAGCCUGUUGAAGUAUGGUCAUACCCCCACUCCAGUCGUACCACCAUACAAACCACAUCACAUUCUCGUACUAGCCCAGCACGCAAGCCACCAUCACGCUCGCAAACUAUACAAGCCAUCUAUCCACCAGCUGCAGCCCCCACACACCAGUACGAACGCACCCAGCCCUAUCCUUAUCCGCAGAAGCAAUCGCAGCCCGUGAGGCAUCACACUUCUCCGGCCUAUUAUUACCCGGAGCAGUCCCACGGACACGGAUCUCACCAGCGGACGAUGUACCACUCACCUUCGCGGCCAGCGCAGUCGUACCAUCACGCCCCUAGCGGUCGUUUGGAGUAUCACUAUGGGGUGCGCCUUUACCACUCCGCCUGCAUCAUUGUGUCGACGCUGAUGCUCGUCGUUUGUUUUGCGCUCGCAUCGUGAUUUGUCACGUGCAAAAAUAGCCACCAGCUCAGAAGAAGCCUCAGCCUCUGUUUAAGCGCUUGCUAGGGUUCAUGUCACCUGGUACUGGUAAUGGAAGGGGCGGACCGGCGAAGCACCGUAGCUCGGGGAGACGCUCGUCCCAUUAUUGAAGACCGAGCAAAUGUCGGAGCCUUGUCGCAUAUCAUGUUCAAACAUCAUAGAGUCGCUGGGCUUUUCAGGAGUCCGAGACCAGCAUACAUUUUAUAUUUUAUUAAAUUUGGGCGCCGGCGCCUUGUUAACAUUCCUUAUAUUUCGCAAACGAUUCACAUUCAUCGUACAUUCUAAACAUCACACUCAUUCUGUACAUUUACGCAUUGUAAUGAUUUGACGCACUUGAUGCCCCACUGUAGACAUAGCUAGCACAAUCAUGCACAUGUUUGGAAGUUGCGAGGAUCGCAA